GUAACACAAUAUUUUCACGUUGGAGAAUGGUCUGGGGCUAGUCCUCUCCUGGUUGGUCAUUGUCCCUCCCUCCCUCUCUCCCUCGCUCCGCUAUUAUGCAAGCAGUUUUCAGUCAUUGAAGUUGCUUAAUAUGUAAGAACAUUUUACUUAAUUUACAUUGCUCUUAUUAUGACUUUUAUUCAGCUACUUUCUGUCCUUACUAUACCUGUAUUAGUCACUGUGGAUAACUUCAAUUGUAAUUCAUUGGAAGUCACAGUGUAUUUGUGCCACAUGCCACUAUGCUACUUCUCUAGCACAUUGUGGAUAAUACAACAUGGGUGUUGGUGUUUGGUUACCUUGGCAGCAGUGUGAUUGAUGUUUGAGACAGCGGCUGUACUAUGGGAUAGAGCCCCGCCCCUGAAGGAGUUACUGCAACCUCAACAACCCCACCCCUGCCAACGCAAACCCCCCCUCAAGCUGCAGGAAGGAGAGAGAGAGAGAGAGAUAGAGCUUACACAUGUGGCCAGGGAAGGAGGGAAGAGUCAGAAGACAGAGAGAAAAAAGUGGGAGAAGAAAGAGAGGAGGAAGGCUUAUACUCGCUGGCCAGGAAAAGACUGUCGAGAGGGAGAGGAAGGAGAGGUAAGGAAAAAAGUGGAAGAGAAUUGACACACGUUGGUAACAACAACAGAGCAAGAGAGAGAGAGAGCAAAGCAGGAGUCUGAGGAAGGGAAAGAGAAAGAAAGGGGGAGAGAGAGACCGAUAAAUAGAGGAGGCGGAUCCGACUCACACUGUGGUCUGAGAGAGAGGAUUCCUGUGUAGUGAAUAGUUUUAGUUGGGACUCCAGUCCUGUGUUCUCUGACAUAUCUACCAGUCUCUGUUUCUGUCUGGACCAUAAGCUCCCAGGCUGGGGCACAGAAGCCCUAAACACAACACGACCACAACAGGAACAUUACAGGACCACUCUGUUGGACCGAUCCACAGGAUUACUGCAGUUCGAAGGAGAGGUUGCAACACGGUAUUAAAAGAAUCUCAGGACUGCUUUUUGAGAUAACUGUAGAAGUGAAGAGUGACCGCUGUGGUUUGACCACAAUCUGAACACAAUAGGACUGUUUGACCAGGAGGGGAAAACGUGGGAACUGUGGGGACCGUGGUUUGAACAGGAACACUUUCCUUUCUAGGGAGUUGUGGGGUCUGUGGUUUGACCUGAACAGAACCGUGGGGGCUGUGGCCUGGACAGGACAGUAACGUGUGGGAGAGAAGGUGACAUCAUGAGUAUUGUUAUGAAGCCACGAUCUCGCUCCAUCAGCUCUCUACGGAACAUGGAAGGAAUCUGUUUCGAUGUGGACAACGGCACAUCGUCGGGGCGCAGCCCACUGGACCCCAUGGCCAGCCCGGGGUCUGGGCUCAUACUGCAGGGCAACUUUGUCCACAGUCAGCGGAGAGAGUCCUUCCUCUACCGCUCCGACUCGGACUAUGACCUGUCACCCAAGUCCAUGUCCAGAAACUCCUCCAUCGCCAGUGACAUUCAUGGCGACGAUAUGAUUGUAACACCAUUUGCACAGGUUCUGGCCAGUCUAAGAACUGUACGGAAUCAUUUUGCUGCAUUAAGCAAUUGUUCACAAGACAGAGCGUCCAACAAGAGAUCACCCAUGUGUAAUCCACCACCCAUCACCAAGACCACCUUCACAGAGGAGGCCUACCAGAAACUGGCCACCGAGACGUUGGAGGAGCUGGACUGGUGCCUGGACCAGCUGGAGACCCUGCAGACCAGACACUCAGUUGGGGAGAUGGCCUCCAACAAGUUCAAGAGAAUGUUGAACAGGGAGCUCAGCCACCUGUCUGAGAUGAGUCGCUCAGGGAACCAGGUGUCAGAGUUCAUCUCCAGCACCUUCCUGGACAAGCAGCACGAGGUGGAGAUGCCAACUCCCCAGACGCAGAAGGAGAAGGAAGACAAGAAGAAUAGGCCCAUGUCUGAGAUCAGUGGGGUGAAGAAACUGCAGCACAGCUCCAGCCUCACCAACUCUAACAUACCCCGCUUCGGAGUCAAGAGCGAGACAGAGGACGAACUGGCUAAGGAGCUGGAGGAUGUAAAUAAAUGGGGCCUUAACGUUUUCAAAGUCACUCAGUUCUCUGGGAACAGGCCCCUGACCGUCAUGAUGCACACUAUAUUCCAGGAGAGAGACUUGUUAAAAACGUUUAAAAUUCCACUCGACACCUUUAUAACCUACCUGAUGACCUUAGAAGACCAUUAUCAUGGUGACGUGGCCUACCACAACAACAUCCAUGCUGCUGAUGUCACCCAGUCCACUCACGUGCUGCUAUCCACCCCCGCUCUAGAGGCUGUGUUCACAGACCUGGAGAUCCUAGCUGCCAUAUUUGCCAGUGCUAUUCAUGACGUGGAUCACCCUGGAGUCUCCAACCAGUUCCUCAUCAACACCAACUCGGAGCUGGCCCUCAUGUACAAUGACUCGUCAGUCCUGGAGAACCACCACCUGGCUGUGGGCUUCAAGCUGCUUCAGGAAGAGAACUGUGACAUCUUCCAGAACCUGACCAAAAAACAACGACAAUCACUGCGCAAGAUGGUCAUCGACAUCGUCCUAGCGACUGACAUGUCCAAGCACAUGAACCUCCUGGCUGACCUGAAGACCAUGGUGGAGACCAAGAAGGUGACCAGCUCUGGAGUUCUACUCCUGGACAACUACUCUGACAGGAUCCAAGUUUUGCAGAACAUGGUGCACUGUGCAGACCUGAGUAACCCCACCAAACCCCUGCAGCUGUACCGCCAGUGGACCGACCGCAUCAUGGAAGAGUUCUUCACCCAGGGGGACAGGGAGAGGGAGAGAGGCAUGGAGAUCAGCCCUAUGUGUGACAAACACAACGCCUCUGUCCAGAAGAGCCAGGUGGGCUUUAUUGACUACAUCGUCCACCCUCUAUGGGAGACAUGGGCAGACCUGGUGCACCCUGACGCUCAGGACAUCCUGGACACUCUGGAGGACAACAGGGAGUGGUACCAGAGCACCAUCCCCCAGAGCCCCUCACCUACCCUGGACGAGCCUGAGGACGGCAGCCGUCCCCCUGGAGGGGACAAGUUCCAGUUUGAACUCACACUGGAGGAGGACGGGGAAUCGGACACGGAGAAGGACAGUGGCAGCCAACCCGAGGAAGAGGAUGAAGAAGAGGAGAACAGUUGUAGUGACUCAAAAACACUCUGUACGCAGGACUCAGAGUCGACAGAGAUACUACUGGACGAACAGGUUGGGGAGGAGGAGGAAGAGGAAGUGGAGGGAGAGUCCUCUUCGUCACAACCUUGUGUAGUGGAGGAGGAAGAGGAGGGGGAGGAAGGGGAAGAGAAGGGAGAGGAGAAACCAGCCGAUACAUAGCAGUGUAUGGACUGCAACUAAACUUUUCUUCUUAGUAACCAGAGAUGAUUAUUUCUAGAGUAUUUUGGGGGUUUUGUGGACAAUGUCUGUUAUUUUUUUAUAUAUUUAUGUUUAGGGUUCCAAAGCGCACGCUGUUCACCCCUUGGCCACUCCUCCCUCCUCAUCCUUGGUCAGCUUCUCAGACACACCCACUGGUACUUCUUCAACUUUUUUGCACUCAGGAAAACUCUUUUCCAUUCCCGUUUGUACCGGAGUAGUCUGUGUGUUAUUUCCCUUCAAAACCCAGUCCUAGUGUGUUGAAGUUACAUUAAGGAAUAUGAUUAGAGUUUAGAGUGUGUUUAAUGCUGUUCAUAUACAGUAUAUCUCUACUCCUUUCAGCCUUGGCUGACCAAUGGCGGUGUUUCUGUGUGUUAUUAAGUGCCCAUUCUUCAGAAGUGACUGUAGUGUCUGUUUUUCUUAGUUGUUUGUAUUUAUCAGCAAAGCAACACGCUACGUUGUUGUGUGGUCUGGAUGAAUGAAAUCCCAACAGGACACGUCACGAUGGAGAGAGGCACUGCAGCACAUCGAGAGAAAUGCAUUGUGGGAAUUUAUCAAGACACUUUUCUGAAGUUUAAGUCUUCCUUGAAAACCUGACUAAAAAAGGCUAAGAUCUUACAGCUCUAAUGCUAGGUUUAACCUCGAUAGAGUUUUUGUAUCGUACCAUACAUAACAUGGAGAUCUAUUGUAGAUAAGACUUUUGAAAACAUUUGGAAGGCACUUGAAAACUGUUGAUGAGAAAUGCCUCAUCUGCCACUGCUUUUCUGUGUGUAAAAGGGUAACUUACCAGUUAUUGUUUUGGGGGGAGUAUUGGGGAGUAUUCUCAGAAUUACAAAUCAAGCCCUUGCCCCUACCCUCUACGCAGUAGAUCUGAGAGGAUUGGAUAGAUAUUAGUGGAUCCAAUCCUCUCAGAUCUACAGGACUGCCUAAAGGGUAGGUGCUAGAGCUUGAUUUGGAAUUGCAUGUUUAUCAAAAAGCAUUUACACUAUUACUCCCAUACCACUGUCCCCAUGUUCGGUUGUCAUAAUCGUGCAACAAUCAUUUCAAGGAUUGUUUUCACUGAAGAAAAACAUGACACAUGUUGACACAUACUUGACUUUACAUUGAAUGAAAUCAUUUUGUCUGACUGACCAGAAAGAAUCCUUGAAGGUCUACUUAUUGUUGCCUGCAGUAAAUAUGAGCGCAUGUCAUCGGACAAUGCAAUGCUUGUUAGAAGCAUUGGACUGCUGCAUUGGAGUGCUGCAAGUGUACAGAGGUGAUGUCACCACGCUCUGCUGUACUGUGGAAUUCUAUGGGGGGGUUUGAUACCUAUAGCAAUGUUAUAAUAGAAUUUUGGUAAUUUGACGGGUUGCGACACUUUUUGUGCACACAUGGUAACCUUAUUUCCUAUUACCUGUCAAUCAUGUCUCCAUUUCCUAAUUGUGGUGUAGGGAGGUGGUCAAUUCGAUUUCAUAUUCGGGAAGCAAUUUCUUGAAUAAUAGUUCAUUAAUAAUAAAUAAUAAUAAACAUAGAGAUGAAUCUUUGAAAUCCCUCAGAUAAAGUAAUAGCUUUGUGAGAUGUCUGAAAUAUGUACAGUGACAGAUUAUUACAACAGCAUUUGUGAGUGCUUACUUAAAAUGGAAUUGACCACAGCCCUUACUGCAGGUCAGUAAUUUUUUCCAAUGCACUACAUGGUUGAUGUUUUCACACAUUAGCAGUCACAGACAGUCAUUCUGAUUCCCAUGUAAAGUAGCCUUUUGACUGACUAAAAUAUCACUCAUAAUAUUUUGGGGGGAUAGAAAUGUUCAACAACAAAAAGAACUACCAGGAAGUUUUAAAUGACAGGCUGAGGUGGGGAGCUAAUAUUCAUGAGCUUGCCUUGAUUGACAGCUCUUUGAAAGGCCUAUGUCAUGAAACUUGGAUGCAGUGAACAGUGUUGCAGUAAAAUCAUCUCAAGCAAAUUUGGUGAUACACAAAGCAACUCAAACAACAUUGAAAUUGCAUCAGUGAUGUACGUAUUUUAAUCUCCCAUUCGGCAUGUCUCUUGUGAUGCGGUUCACAGCAGCACUGACAGAUGUGUUGACAUGACAACUGCGUCAGGGUUUUGAACGACCCUUCCCCCCCUUUUGUUUCAUGCUGUCUGAAGACCUAGCUAGCCACUAGCGAACACCAGACACAGAUGAAAGGGGAGACAUAUAAGUAUCUUUGCCAUAGAUGAAUAGUAUAAACUUUUCAUUAUAUUUGCUGACACCCUAUAGUCUAAAUUUGGCAACAGUAGAGUAGCUAUAUAAACCAAACCCCUUCGCAAACACGCCUUCUAAAAUGUUGGUAACAAGGCGGUACUUAUUUAAAUUAGGUAAGAGAAUAUCAUGUUACCGUUGGUGUAUUAAAAUUAGAGUUAGGGUGAUGUCACCCUAUCCCUUUAAUAAUCCCGCCUCCUGAAUCCAAGUGUUUGACAUGGCGGAGGGGACCCAAAAUUUUUCAAUGUAGAAGCAACAGUAAUUUUUCAUACUUCUGGUCAAUGUACUUUGAUUUGGUUAUCCAAAUAUCAUCCAAUUUGAUUUAAAACAUAAUUUUGACGGUUCAUGACCCUCUGUCAUUGUCAUCACACUAAGCUUGGAUUUGUUUGUUUUGACCAAGAACACAAGACAAUCAGCUCCAUUGUGCAGUGGUCUCAUAAGAAGACAAGUUGGCUAUAGAUAAUGGAUGUUUUCAUAUCUCACUACUUCACUUUUUUAAAAUUAAAACUCGCCAAAACUCACGUGCACAUUAGGCUUGAACAAGACUCUAUACACUUCAGCCAAGAGACUUUCUUUUACACGUUUCUAUUGUUGUUGGUAUUACAAUUGAUGCUAUUAUUUAUUGAAAUAUUUUUGUAUUAGUUGUGUCUUUCUUGCCAUAUUAAGGCGGUACAGUAAAGUUUUCGCUGUAGCAUAGACCGCAGUACAGGCUUUCCAGUUACUAUACCCAAAUAGGCUUUUUUUCUCUAAAUAUGUACAUACAGUAUAAAAAAUUCAAGAAUUGUUAGAGUGCUUAUUUGAAAAGAAAUGUGUAAUUUCAAAUGUUUUAUUUCAUUCUUAUGUUCUUGUGCCAAGUUGUUUUUCCCCAUCCUCACCCGAUGACCUUACCAUAAUACCGCUUUUCUGGUUGUAUCUCUGUUUACAAACAUAUAUUUAUUGUGUUGUAUAUACUAUAAUUAUUAUUAUUCUCAUCAUGAUGCUGUUUGUUGUAAAUGAUUUACUCUUAUCAUCCCUUAUGGUGAUGGUGUGGCUGUAUUACGGACCUCUUGUUGAGAGAAUGUUUAUUACACAUGCUUAUUCAGUGGAAAAUCAUCCAUUGAUAUUGGUUAUCUGAGAAGCUUGCUCAGAGCGAAGGAGGACAGGGGAAAGCCAAAUAGUUUUUUAGGGGAAGCUGUUCCUUGGCCCAUGGGCUGUGCCUUAAAUUCAACAUGCCAUGUUUUAGUCUCUCUUUUCUUUUUCUUCUCCUCGUUUGCUGCAUUAGAUAGUCUUGUGGUUUGAGCUGACCUGACCCAGACAAUGGCCUCGAGUUGUGAAAGGAAUUCAUGAAAUAAUGUCGCCUUUUUCCUUCACAGCCAAAUCAGAAAUAUUAUGUGAACAUGGAAAAAAAGGCAGCACGUGCUAUACAUUCUGUUGUCAAGGUUGAAAACGGAGGUCAUGGCUGUGGAGUUCCAGGUCGACUCGGGCCUAAAAUCCACUAGAUGAGUGGUGGCUUGGCCAAGCUGGAUCUGUGGGGACGGUGGAUCCUAUAGGGUUGUGAAGCACCACGACGAAGAGACACAUCCACGUGUUCAGUCACUGCUGCAUUUAUUUAGGCUGAAACACUCACGAUGUGCUACUCAGCCAUGCUUGGCAAGCACGUUCACUCAUACCACAUGCAAUAUCCAAAACCACUGUCAUCUUUCUGCUUGAAGAGGAGAAGGCUAGUAAUUAUGGAGUGAGGUGGGGUGGGGGUAAGGGGGGGUGUCAUCCUAAAAACACGUCCUUCGAUGGGGACUCUUAUUUUGACACGCAUACUGUAGAUUCUAAACAGCCCUGGACCAAUGGAAUCGGUGGGUUCUUUUCUCAUUUUGUGUUCUUAUGGUAUGAAAGAAAUACACAAACUGUAACACACAAACUGUAACUUCAAAAAGGUCUUCAGGACAAUUAUUUUUGGGUUAUGUCUUUAGAAUGCCAACUUGUCUGGAAGUUUCACAAGACAAUAUAAAGUUAUUUUAAUGGAUUCCUUGUUAAUUGCAGUCUAUUGGAUAGCACUGUAGAUCAUAAACUUUCAGUAAAAAAAAGAAAACUGAAGAAAAAAUGUUUUUAUAUGCAACAGAUGAAAUAAAAGCAUGGGUUGAUUCUGCCUA